AUGUUGGAUGUCAGCGCAUUCAAUGACUCAAUUCUACCCGGCUACACAAGUGCAUACAAUCAAUCUCUUACUCCUAGCUAUUCUUUCGAAUUUCACGGCAUCACCAGAAUUGAAAUUCUGAAUACGCCUGGUCCGCUGAACGAGAACCGUUUGAGAUGGGUCGCCCUACCCCAAAAUCCCUUCAACGGUACAGCAAUUGGCGCUAUCGUUUUAUUGCCAAAUGCGCAAAACGACACAAAACAGCAGAUAAUUGUGUGUAAUCUUGGAGCUGGCUGGGGUGCAACGAAGAUGAAUACUUCAACCGUUUUCACAACACCACAAUCGAUCCUGAGUGAAGUCAGCAUCGAAACAGAUAUCAACUCCCCGGGUGUGUUGGGAACACCAUCUGCAGAGUCAGACGUCUUAGGAGCCGAUGGCUACUUUGAACUUCCAGGCUACCCUCAACGUACAGUGACUGUGACCGAGGAAUGGGCUGCAUAUCUCAAUCCUUCAGUUCCCUUGUUGAAUACAACUUUGUUUCAUUAUUUGAUGGCUUCAAACGUUACUUCAGUCCACCCCGCACCUAAUGUCAAGAUAAUCCUGAGUUCUUUGUUGGCUAUUGGCCUUGGCAGUCUUGGAUCUACAAGCACGUUGCAAGGCACGAUAAGACAAGUCACGCAAUCCGAUGGUUCUUCUGCCAUCGAUGGGGAUUACUGGUUCUCUGGAAAAGGCAACAUCUUCGAAGUUGACGCCAGUGAUAGCAAAGAUUGGGUUAAAUUCCAUGUUGAUUCCGUUCUUGAAGGCUAUGCCUACAGCGCCCGCGGCACCAUUCCAAAGCUUGCCAUCUGUCUGCUUAUGAUCUAUUGUGUUUUUGCCAUUGCCCAUGUCCUAUACGCGGGUAUCUCAGGUAUCUCUUCUACCUGCUGGGACUCCAUUGCGGAGGUCACAGCCUUAGCAGUCAAUUCACCGCCUACGAAAGCACUCCGCAACACCUGCGCCGGUAUCAGCGAAUUCGACAUCUUCAAGCUGCCUGUGCGUAUCCUAACUAUGCGCGACGAUGAGGGUGAUGGUGAACAUCUGGAAUUGGUCUUCGGCAGCGUGGACGAAAAAUCGGUGGAGCAUAGGGUUAUCAAGGCCAAUAGAGUGUACGGUACCGUGCCGUCCAUGAAGCCACACGAGAAGAUCCAGUAG